AUGUUCUAUGCACAAUUUGUGCUUGCCAAAAAGGGCCCACUGGCCAAAAUUUGGCUAGCAGCUCACUGGGAAAAGAAACUAACCAAAGCGCAGAUCUACGAAACAGAUGUUCCUCAAGCUAUCGAAGAAGUUAUUCAUCCAAAGGUGAAAAUGGCUCUCCGUACAGUUGGACAUCUUCUUCUGGGCAUCGUGAGAAUCUACUCGAAAAAGACACGAUAUCUUCUUGCAGACACCAACGAGGCCUAUCUCAAGAUGAAAGUCAACUUCCGCGACGGAUUCACUGUGGAGGCCGAUGUGCCGUUGAAUAAUCUCGAAAUCGAUGAGAAUUUCCCGAUUGAUGGUCAUAAUAUCUCUGUUCCAGACUUUCACGAGGGAGAUUAUAAUGUAGAGCUUAUGCUGGCUAACCGAGCCCGUCUCGAAGACAUCACCCUCCACGACUACGUCAAUCUCAACGACCCGAUCAAUGCGAACAUUGACGACGGAUUCGGUGAUGAAGGAGACCUAACACAACUGGAACAACUCUACGGAUCUAUUCAACCGCCGUCAAUCCGACCAACGCCAACUCCAGAAUCCAUAAUGGGAAUGCUAGAUAUGGGCUCCGAGCACAUGGCACCGAUUCCAGAUGCACCAAUGGAAAUGGAAAGAGCUCGUGAUGCAACGAUCAAUUUGACUGGAGUCACUGGAAGAGACGAUGGGACCACUUUGUUGGAGGCGGAGCCACUGGAUUUCGGAGGAAUCAAGCAGGAGCCUCUCUCUAAUGACCCAGAAUUUGAUUAUGAACACCCAGUGGAACUUUUUGAUUCUAUUGUACACGAUCGGCCAUAUCAAGAUGAUAAUUUUGGUUUUGAGCCGGAAGCUGAGGAGCCUGCUGCAGCACGUCCAGUUAGUCCGGAAUCGUUUGCACUGGAGCCGUUGGAUUUGGAACAUAUGGAAGCGGAAAGAAAGAAGCGUACUCGAAAGCCUAGAAAACUUUUGGUAGAUGUGGAAACGAAGAUUUCCGAUGAAGCGUUUCGAAAGCAGCAAGAGGAUUUCACGGAUACCUUGAAGCCUAGUAGUCUGGCGCCACCAUCACGACAAACUCUCAAAUGGUGUGUCACAGGAGAUUUGCCAUAUCUCAUGAAUCAAAUGGGUACCGGGAUUCGGAAUCGAGAACUGUUGGCGGAAUACAGAAAGUGUCUGACAACGCGAAAGUUCGAUCCAAAUUUCACAAUGCAAGAGCUCAGUGGCGAUAGCUCUAGCUUGACACCAUCAAUAGCGGCUCCGUGGGAGGAUUUGGAGUUGAAUGAGAAUAUUCCAGAGUUUGAGAAUGUAGCGGCGGGUCCUGCACCGAUGGAUGACUUUUUUGAUGACGUGGAUAUGGGUGGAGGAAGAUUCGAGCCAGAGAACUAUCCGGAACCAUUGAAUUUCGAUCGGACACUUGAAGCGCCGAGGGAUGAGAUGGCGAUGGAUGUGGAUGUGCCCAGAAAAAAUGAAGAGUUCCAGAACAAGGAAAACGACGACGAGGAAGACUGGUCGGACCCGUUCGGCUCCUCCAUUUCUAGCAAAAAAGGCCGCCUAGAAGCCUAUGGAUUCGGUGCCUCUCCAGCCAACACAACGACGAUCGAUGACGAAGGAAAAUGGACGAAACGAGCGAAUCACAUUCUCAAAAAAGUGUCAGCAGACAUUGAGACGAGCGGAAAAGCCGAGUUUUCGUCAAUUACAGCGACGGCGAAGAAUCGGAAACAGGCCGCUGAGCAAUUCUAUUCACUGUUGAGUCUGGCGAAAUCUCAAGCGAUUCAAGUGGAACAAUCGGAGCCUUAUGGAGAGAUUCUGAUCAAAUCUGGACCGAAAUUCCAAGAGUCGGUUUCUGUAGUGCCACCACGAACACCUCUACGAGCUAUCCAGACGACGGCUAUGGAAUAG